AUGUAUUCCGGAUUCGGAGGCGCCUAUGACCCUAGCAACCCAGAGCACCUUCACAACCUGGCGCGCCAUGGCCGACGACCCAUCAUACAGCGGUUCGACGAGUACUACAGAUGCUAUCCCGUCAUCAUGGCCCCGGGUUCUGAGCGCCCGGAGCUCAACUAUGGCUCAAAAAUCAUCCUCCCGCCUUCGGCUCUGGACAAGGUCUCCAAGCUCCACGUCCAGUGGCCCCUUUUGAUGGAGAUGAUCAACGGUGAAAAGGGCAAGCACUCUCACGCAGGGGUGCUCGAGUUCAUCGCCGAAGAAGGACGAGCAUAUAUCCCGCAGUGGAUGAUGAUAACGCUCGGCAUGGACGUGGGGGACAUGAUCCAGAUCCGAACCACCUCUCUUGAGCUUGCCAAGAUGGUCAAGUUGCAACCCCAGUCUGUCAACUUCCUCGAAAUCAGCGAUCCCAAGGCCGUUCUCGAGAGGGCGUUUAGAAACUUCGCGACUCUCACGAAAGGCGACGUGUUCAACUUUGAGUAUAACGAUGAAAUCUUCGACGUGGCCGUCCUCGACGUCAAGCCAGAUACAGACAAGAUGGGCGUCAGUAUGAUCGAGACGGACGUGUCCGUCGAUUUCGCCCCCCCUGUUGGCUACGUCGAGCCGGAGAAGAAGAGCGGCACCAGCACCCCUCGCAGCACCCGCGGCGGUGUCCCGGCCGGGGGAGUAUUGCAUAACCAGGGGACCAUGGCCCAGGCCAUCAACUACAACGCAAUCGCCCCGUUCGUCACGAGCACGCCUACAAGCUUCCUCGGUGAGGGUCAGCGUCUGGCCAAGAAGGGCAGCAAAAACGCGACUCCCAAGCCGGACACGCCGGUCCCGGCUGAUCCCGCCGCGUUGCCCAAGCGGCGGACAGGCGCCCCUGCACCCCUGAGACUACCCACCAACAAGCUGUUCUUCGGAUACGAGCUGAAGCCGGUGAAGACUGACGACGACAAGAAGAAGGAAAAGGAGAAUGCCGAGAAGCCUCAUUUUGCCGGCCAGGGGCAAAGUCUUCGUGGAACGGCCAAAAGAAAGGGGGAAGCAGAUGAUAAGUCCAAGGCGCCAGAAAAAAAGGGGCCAAGCGAAGGUCAUCGCUUGGAUGGCCGUCAGCCGAGGUGA